UCCUCUCAUGGGCCACACCCUCCUCACCAGGCUGCAGAAACACUUCCAGGCUCCAAGCAGCAGGGUGGCCCCUGUAACUCGAAACAACUGGCAGUGGGAGCCUCAGGCUCUGACGUUUCCUCACAUUGGACUCAUGCAAAAGACACCAGAAUCCAUCACAAGCACGAUGUUAAAGGAGCCCCAUAGCCCACGUUUACGGCGGCGAGUGGAGGCGAAGCUGCCGCCCAUCUACAAACUCCGGGAGAAACAAGCUGUGAAUAACAACUUUCCUUUCUCUGUACAUGACAAUCGGUACAGCUUUCAGGACUCUGGGUUCUACCUUGACUCUGGCCUGGGACUCAAGAAGAUCUCCCCAGAAAAAAGGCAACAAGUUUCAAGAAAUUUCAAUCUUUGGGCCUGUGACUAUAUUCCAUCUUGUCUCGAUGGCUUUUCAAAUAACCAAAUAUCCUAUGUCUAUCGGGAGACCGUGGUGGUUCCAAUUUUCAGACGCUUUCCAAGAUGUUACAAUGAAAUAUGGAAGACUUUUAAAUUUAUCCCCCAGUGAAGCUAUACAGAGUUUUUGAAAAAAAAAAAAAAAUCCAAAAGUAAGGUUCAGGAUGAACAGAAAGGUCGGUUCUCCAUCAGAGUCCUAAUCCUUCCAGAAGGUUCUUGAUGAGAUUUUCCAUAUUUGUAUUUCAUCAGACAUUAUAAAAUUAUGCACUUUCUGGUCCAGCUCUGUGUGGUGUGACGAGAUUUGUUUAGAAUUAGAGGUUAUAGACUCCAUGUGCCUGAAUGCUGAGGUGAAGUUUCCCUGCAGUGACAAUGUGGGGAUGAAAGUUUUUACAUUGAGAAACCAGAAAGACAACAGAUCAUGUUACCACUCCUUCCGCUUUAAAAUAUUUUUAUGGCUUUAGUAAGGUUAAACAAUAUUCAAGUCCUUAUAAAAUAAAGGUAUGUGAAGAUACACACAUCUUAAAUGAAUGUGUUUUAAAGGGACAUAUGUUUAACAAAAUUUUAAAAUGGCCACAUUAACAUUGAGGUGAGUUAAAAAAAAUAUAAUAUAUGCUUACACUUUCAUUUCAAAGUUUCAAAUAAAACAGAGGAAGCAGAAGUCCCUUUGGAUUUCACUGUAUCUAAUCCUUGUCCUGUGUCCGGGAGUGAGAUAACCUUUUUUUUUUUUUUUUCGUCUUUUUAGGGCCACACA